AUGGACAGAAAUGACAGCGAUGCUCAGUCUCCAACAGAGUUUCUGCCGGACCUUUGCACCAUCAAGGAUUCUGACAAUGAUGUCUUUCAAGACUUGGGAAACGUCAACAAGGAAGACGGAUUCCAGCCCCCUAACAUCACCAAAGUGAUGGCAGCAUGUGAUGCCUGCUCUGAGCAAAAGCAGUUGGUUGAUGCAGAGUGGUACUGGGAAAACAUUUCAAGAGAUGAAGUGAAUGGAAUGAUGAGAAACACGCCCGAUGGUACAUUCUUGGUCCGUGACGCUUCCAGCAGGAUCAAGGGAGAAUAUACACUAACAUUAAGGAAAAAUGGCUCCAAUAGACUGAUAAAGAUCUUCCAUCAUGAAGGGAGGUAUGGCUUCUCUGAGCCAUUGACCUUCCCUUCUGUAGUGGACCUUAUUCAGUAUUACCAGAACAAGUCACUGGCCCAGUACAACUCUAAACUGGACACACGACUGCUCUUUCCGAUCUCCAAAUAUAUGCAGCAGGCUGUGAUGGAGCUUGACAUUGAUGCAGUUGGAGAACGGCUCAAGGUAUUUCAGGACCAAUAUGAAGAGAAGAGCAAAGAGUAUGACCGUCUCUAUAAGGAGCUGAACCAAACAUCCCAGGAACUGCAGACGAAGCGGAUGGCUAUUGAGGCAUUCAGUGAAAUCAUUCGGAUUUUUGAGGAGGAGUGUCAAACGCAAGAACGCUACAGCAAGGAAUACAUCGACAUGUUCUUCAAAUUAGACAACAAUAUGGAGACUGACAAGAUGCAGAACAGUUCUGAAGAGUUGCAAUCAAGAGUGGAGGAAAUACACAACAGCAAGAUCAAGUUGGAGGAGGAAUUAAGGAAUAAGGUGCUGGCCCACAUGGAGGUUGACAGGAAAAUAAAUCACUUGAAGCCAGACCUCGUGCACCUCAGGAGGAUCAGAGAUCAAUAUUUGUUCUGGCUCUCUCAGCAAGGGACCAGGCAGAGCCAGAUCGAUGAUUGGCUCGGUGUGCGGAAUGAAGAAGACCCGUACACUCUGGCAGAUAAUUCGCACCAUGAGGAGAGGACUUGGUAUGUUGGAGGCAUGACCCGGAGGGAGGCUGAGGAGCUUCUAAAGGGCAAACGAGAUGGCACCUUUCUGAUCAGAGAUAGCCAAAGUCAAAGAGGAUCCUUUGCAUGCUCUAUUGUUGUGGACGGGCACGUGAAGCACUGUGUGAUCAACAGGACAUCCACAGGCUAUGGCUUUGCUGAGCCCUACAACCUGUAUUCAUCACUCAGAGAACUGGUUGUCCACUAUCAGCACACAUCUUUGAUCCAACACAACCAGCAGCUGAAUGUAACCCUGGCCUGGCCUGCUCUCAGCCAGCAGCCCAGCUGA